AUGUCACAUAUUGUUAGGCAAGUUUAUUACGUUCCUUAUCCUUCAAUUGUGCCAUGUAAACGAGGAUGGUGUGUUGUAAUCAAAACAAAACCAUUGGGUCAUAUUGAAACUGACAAAAUAGUGGAAGACAUUGGUUACCAAGUUGAUGAAAUUUCUCAAAUUAAUGAUGUGAUUGAAGUUGAACGAAUGACAAGUUUGUGUGAUACAAUGGUUGAGGGUCAUCAAGUUGAUGCAUCUAUAUUGUUGGAAGAAAAUAAUGUGGACGGAGAGAAUGACGAGUUUGGAUAUGAGGAUAAUAUCAUAUCAGAUGAUGAGAAUGAUAUGGAUGAAGAGCAUGAAGAGUCUGAAUAG